AUGGCUUUUGUUGACCCCACCAUUGCCUCCACGGUUGCUGCGGCAAACUCAUCUAAGGCGGCUUGGGAAGCCUUGCACAAUGCUUAUGCAAAUAGGUCCCAAACCCGAAUCUUUAGCCUGCGUGAUCAACUUGCCCGAAUCACCAAAGACUCUCUCUCCAUUACCGAAUAUCUUCAAGCUAUUCGGUCUCUUUCAGAUGAACUAGCCACUGCUGGUGCCCCUGUGUCAAACUCCGAGCUCAUUCUCAAAAUCCUUAGCGGUCUUGGAACUGAGUUUCGUGAAAUAUCUGUUGCUAUUCGCUCGCGUGACAACACUGUCACCUAUGAAGAACUAUAUGAAAAGUUGCUUGAUCAUGAACUCUUCGUUCGUCAUGAAGAGUCUAAGAAAAGUUCCAGUCCGAUCAUUGCUGCAGUUGCCACCAGCAACAAACACAACAAUAACAACAACAACAAUAACAACAAUCGUCGCCAGAACAACAACAAUCAAUAA